CUGAAUUACGAGAAGCUGAGCUGGACGGAGACACUGAAUUAUUGAUAGGACCCCCGCCUCCUGCUGUGGUCACGGAAGCUGAAUCUGCCAAUGAAGCAGAACGUUUCGAGGAGAUUACAAGAAUAAUUGGUGCUGAGGAAGAUAGUCCAUAUGAUAUUCUCGGAGUCAACAAAAAUAUGUCUCCUGAAAACAUGAAAAAAAGGUAUUGGAAGUUGUCGCUGAUGGUUCACCCAGACAAAUGCUCUCACCCUCAAGCUCACCAAGCAUUUGUUAAGUUGAACAAAGCAUUUAAGGAUUUACAAGAUCCUGAUAAGGUGAGUGUUGGGACAUUUUCUUGCUCUGUUUCGAAGUUUGAAAUGUUUCCUGCUUGUUGCCAUACUAAUAAAUGGUUUGAUUCGUAUUCUGGACGAUUCAGACUGUGGCGAAGAGAUAUACUUCACAUAAUAAAUAUUCCUCUGUGUUACAUCUGUGACUUGUCUGAAUAUCUGGUGAAGAAAAUUGUCAGUAGUCAUAGAGUUAAAGAAUUUAUGCUUUUCACUUCAGAAUUUACAAAGAUUUCAGCACGGGAAAAUUUCAUAUGACAGAAGUUAGCUUUUGUCAUCUUUGCUAGUCCUAAAAUCUUUAAUAUUAAAUAAGGAAAUAAAACAGGAGACUAGUUACUAAUUAUUAGUUGGAUUAAUUAUGAGAAUCAGAGCUAGUUUGAACUGAAAUAAAGGUUCUUGAAUAAUCCAUCAGCAUGGUUUAACUUUUGUCCUUAGUGAAUAUGGUUAUGUCAACUUUACAUGGAAACAAAAUGUGAGAACCUCUCUUGUUUCAUUGGAAUUGUAUAUUCACCUCCUUUUGGAGCCAUAGUAACCUUUGUUUUUCUACUAUUAUCUAUAUUACCAAUCAGGUUCGCCUUUCUCCUAUCUUAAUAUAUAUGGUUUCACUGUAAUGUAAGUGCCAUUCGACCACUCUCUUUUACUUCUAUUUUAGCUUGAGUUUAAUAAUCUUCUUAAAUCAUUAGAAGCUUGCAAAUUGAUCAGCAAUAUUCUUUUCUUAAGUGCAUUUCGGAGAGGUUUCUUGAAUUUGAAGUAUUUUCGCUGUUUCUUAUGUCUGCAUCGAAAUAUUCUUGUUUAUGAUGUAUCAUUGGUAUAUUGGUUAUGCCCUUCCACUGGAGUAUUCUAUGAGCUACGGUUUGAGUCAUAGGUUUGCACUGUGGCACCCAAUGAUUUUCCCUGUACUUUUCUCAUAUCCUAGUUUCUUUCACAAUUCUGUCCUAAUGCAUAUUACAGGAUAUGGAGGCAAUAUCUGAUUUUGUUUGCCCAUAACACA